AUGUCUGAACUACGCUUCGAUAAUCAGACGGUCGUCGUCACUGGUGCUGGUGGUGGUCUCGGCAAGGCAUAUGCUCUCUUCUUUGCCUCAAGGGGUGCCAACGUCGUCGUCAACGACCUCGGUGGCUCUCACUCUGGCGAGGGCAAGUCAUCAAAAGCCGCAGAUGUCGUAGUUGAGGAGAUCCGUGCCGCUGGCGGUAAGGCUGUUGCCAACUACGACAGCGUGGAGAAUGGUGAUGCGAUCAUUGAGACCGCGAUCAAGAACUUUGGUCGCAUUGACGUUCUCAUUAACAAUGCUGGAAUCCUCCGUGACAUCAGCUUCAAGAAUAUGAAGGAUUCCGACUGGGAUCUUAUUAACCAGGUUCACACAUACGGUGCCUACAAGUGCGCCUGCGCCGCUUGGCCUCACUUCCGCAAGCAAAAGUAUGGUCGCGUCAUCAACACCGCCUCUGCUGCUGGUCUUUUCGGCAGCUUUGGUCAGGCUAACUACUCGGCUGCCAAGCUCGGCCAGGUCGGUUUUACCGAAACUCUGGCCAAGGAGGGUGCGAAGUACAACAUCAUCGCCAACGUGAUUGCCCCUAUUGCCGCGAGCCGUAUGACUGCCACAGUGAUGCCCCCUGAUGUUCUCGAGAACCUCAAGCCCGAGUGGGUGGUUCCUCUUGUCGCGACACUUGUCCACUCUUCCAACACCACCGAGAGUGGUGGUAUCUACGAGGUUGGCGGUGGUCACGUCGCCAAGCUCCGCUGGGAGCGGGCCAAGGGUGCUCUUCUGAAGACCGAUCACUCUCUGACCCCGGGCGCCAUUGCUGCCAAGUGGAACGACGUCAACGACUUCUCAAAGCCGGAGCAUCCUACAGGGCCUGCCGACUUCAUGGGUCUGCUCGAGGAGGCCGUGAAGCUUCCCAGUGCCCCUCAGGCUCAGGAGCCUGACUUCAAGGGUCGCGUCGCCCUCGUCACUGGUGGUGGUGCUGGUCUUGGUCGCGCUUACUGCCUACUGUUCGCCAAGCAUGGCGCCAAGGUCGUGGUCAACGAUCUUAUGGACCCCGAGCCCGUUGUUCAGGAGAUCAGGAAGAUGGGUGGAGAGGCCGUGGGCAACAAGGCCAGCUGCGAGGACGGCGAUGCCGUAAUCAAGUCUGCCAUUGAUGCCUUCGGGCGCAUUGAUAUCUUGGUCAACAACGCCGGUAUCCUGCGUGACAAGGCUUUCACUAACAUGACCGAUGAUCUGUGGAACUCUGUUGUCAACGUUCACCUGCGCGGCACCUACAAGGUUACCAAGGCUGCUUGGCCCUACUUCCUCAAGCAGAAGUAUGGCCGUGUUGUCAACACCGCCUCAACCAGCGGUAUCUACGGCAACUUUGGCCAGGCCAACUACGCCGCUGCCAAGCUGGGUAUCCUCGGCUUGUCUCGCACUCUUGCUAUGGAGGGCGCCAAGUACAACAUCAAGGUGAACACCAUCGCCCCCAAUGCCGGUACCAACAUGACCCGCACCAUCAUGCCCGAGGAGAUGGUGCAGGCCUUCAAGCCCGACUAUGUUGCUCCCUUGGUUGUCCUUCUUUGCUCCGACGCUACUCCGGAGCCCUCCACCAAGGGUCUCUUUGAGUGCGGUAGCGGCUGGUUUGGCCGCACUCGUUGGCAACGCUCUGGCGGCCACGGCUUCCCCGUGGACGUCAAGCUGACCCCCGAGGCUGUUGUUUCCAAGUGGAAGGAGAUCACCAACUUCGACGAUGGUCGUGCCGAUCACCCCGAGGAUGGCCAGGCGGGUACCGAGCGCAUCAUGGCUAACAUGUCCAACCGUGCCGGUGGCAGUGGUGAGAAUGAGACCCUCGCCAACAUUGAGAAGGCUAAGUCUUUCACUGCCGAGGGCACUGCUUUCGACUACACCGACCGUGACAUCAUCCUGUACAACCUCAGCCUGGGCGCCAAGCGCACAGACCUGCCUCUGGUGUACGAGAACAACGAGCACUUCCAGGCUCUUCCCUCUUUCGGUGUUGUCCCAUGGUUCAACACCAACACCCCAUGGAACAUGGACGACAUUGUCAAGAACUUCUCGCCCAUGAUGCUGCUGCACGGUGAGCAGUACAUGGAGGUUCGCAAGUACCCUAUCCCCACAUCCGCCAACACCCUCACCUACCCCAAGCUCAUCGACGUGAUCGACAAGGGCAAUGCUGCUGUUGUUGUCGCCGGUUUCACCACCAAGGACGCCAAGACAGGCGAGGACCUGUUCUACAAUGAGUCCACCGUCUUCAUCCGGGGUAGCGGCGGCUUCGGAGGUUCUCCCAAGCCCACCGCCGCCCGUGCCAAGGGUGCCACUGCUGCCUACAAGCCCCCCAAGCGUGCUGCCGAUGUUAUCGUCGAGGAGAAGACGUCCGAGGACCAGGCUGCUCUGUACCGCCUGAACGGUGACCGUAACCCUCUGCACAUUGAUCCUGAAUUCAGCAAGGUUGGCGGCUUCAAGACCCCCAUCCUCCAUGGUCUGUGCUCGCUCGGUGUUUCCGCCAAGCACGUCUUCACCAAGUUUGGUGCCUUCAAGAACCUGAAGGUCCGCUUUGCCGGUGUUGUUCUCCCCGGACAGACCCUCAAGACCGAGAUGUGGAAGGAGGGCAACACGGUCAUCUUCCAGACCACCGUUGUUGAGACUGGCAAGCCUGCUAUCUCAGGUGCUGGUGCUGAGCUCCUUGACGGCGCCAAGGCCAAGUUGUAA